UACUAUUUUAGAAGCCUGCGAAACAUAACGAGAUCAAGGGGAAACACACAUUUCCUUUACAUUCAACUACUUAUUCAAAUCUGGCAUCUGGACGUUUUGUUGUCUUGGACAGUCCAAUUGAGGGUUAUGAGAGUUGCAAACCAACGUUCUAAACAUGCAAUUAGAGAACAAUGACCUCGUGGACCUGCAGCCUCCGGAGUUCAGAAUAGGAGCAAUUAUCUUUUACAGCAUUCUUUUCACAAUUGGGCUGGCUGUUAAUGUGACCGCUAUCUGGGUCUUCAGUUGCACUACCAAAAAAGGCACGUCUGUGAACAUAUAUAUGACAAAUGUUGCACUGUUGGACCUCAUCUUUGUAAUAUUGUUGCCUUUCCGUAUGAUCUACUAUGGGAAGAAUUACUGGCCCUUUGGUGACGUCUUCUGCCGCAUCAAUGCUGCCCUUACUAUAUUUUACCCCAGCAUUGCUCUGUGGCUUUUAGCCUUCAUCAGUGUCGACCGUUACAUGGCAGUGGUCCAACCCAAACAUAGCAAGGAACUUCGCCACAUUGGCAAAGCUGCAGCAAGCUGUAUUGGAAUCUGGAUAAUGACCACUGUGUCUGUUUUGCCAUUUAUGUUUUCAAAGAAUGAUCCUGACAAGGUCUCAAACUUCACAACCUGCCUAAAAAUGCUUGACAUCAUACACCUCAAAGAAGCAAACAGUGUGAACUUUAUCCGGGUGAUUUUCUUUUUUCUCCUGCCCCUUUUCAUUAUGAUUGGAUGUUACUGUAUCAUCAUCAACAAUCUUCUUAAAGGAAAAACAUCUAAACUGAAGCCAAAAACUAAAGAAAAAUCUAUCAAAAUAAUUGUGACACUCAUUGUUCAAGUGCUAGUUUGUUUCGUUCCCUAUCAUAUCUGUUUUGUUUUAUUACUGUUACAAAGUGGCCACACCGAUUUCAAUCCCUGGGCUGCCUUCACUACAUUCUUGAUGAAUCUCAGCACUUGCCUUGAUAUAAUCCUGUACUAUAUAGUGUCAAAGCACUUUCAAGCCAGAGUGAUCAGUGUCAUCUACUAUCGGAACUAUCUGCGGAGUGUACGACGGAAAAGCUUUAGAACUGGGAGCUUCCGUUCAUUAAGCAACAUUAACAUCAGUGACAUGUAAAUAAUGAAAGCCAAUGAGACAUACCUUUAAUUCGAAAGAGAAAAUUGACAAAUAUGUUGCAUUUAUAUUGUGUCCUGUCAUCUCAAAGUAUGUUACACAAUGAAAUGCUUUUGAAGAGGGGUGACUACAGAAAUGCAAUAGCUAUGUCACACCCCACACACAAUCACAAGAAUGAUCAAUUUAUCUGUUCUGACGGAGCUGGUGGAAGAAAGUUAGUUAGUCAGGGCUUCAGGCAAAUGUAAUUCUAUAAAAUGCUCUGUUAAAUGCUCUCACCAAAUCUAACCUGAAUAAAUGCUUACACAUCACUUGAACAUCUGAUACUGAAAUGAUGCAUCUUUGUAAUUUAACUAUUGACCAUCAUGUUACUGGAUCAUCAAGUCAGAAGAGGUGACAUGUAACAUGUACAAUACUCUCUUCAGUUCAAAUCUUGAAAAAAUGAGCUCUCGCUUGAUGGCUCCUUAGUGAGACUUGAGCCUUCACCCAUUAGCUUGAAAAAAGUUUCACCCAUAAUCUACUGAAGGCUUGAUCUAAUAUCAAUGCAUUGUGGGCAAAAGGACAAUUACAAUCUCAGUGAACAAUAGGAGAAACAGUUAUCUUCUUAAAUGAUGGGAUUUCAAGACUGAGAUAGAGACAGAAGAAUGAUGGAAAAGAAAAUAGUGUGAUCAGAAGACUAUAAGAAACAGGAACUGCAGUAGAUCAUUUGUCUCUCAAGCCUGCUCCACUAUUCAAUAGAAACAUGCCUGAGUCAACACUCCUCACAUUCAUUUUCCUGUCCUUUUCCAUAACAUUUGAUUCCCUUACUGAACAAGAUCAAAUUAAAGUGUAACCAACAACAGAAAGAAGUACAAAAUAUGAGAAAGGAAAACAGUAUUAAGAGAGCAAGAGAAAAUAACUUCUAAGAAUUCAUUGCCAGAAGAAUGAGAUUCACCAUUCUAAACUGCUUACAUUCUGGGCUGAGGUGAUUCAUUAGUAGCAGAUUAGUAAAAGGGUAUUUAUGCAAUCAAUUAUCAGCCUUUAGUUUCAAUGGCUUAUCUAAUGGACAAUUAUUUUGCAAAUUCUGCAGGUUUUUAUCAAUAAUGGGGAGUCUGAAGGGGAGAUGCUGUUUGUAUGAAGAAAACAACAUUGUAAAUCAAAUCAAGCAGUAAGAUCUGAAAUUUUAAUAUUGAUUUUGCUGCUUUUCAUCUCCUGAAUUUGCUGCUUGAUUUACAUGGUAAUAAUGGACACAUCAUCAGCUCACCAUUCUUUUUCAAGGAUUUGGCCCAAUGCAUCCUGUUAUCAUGACCAGGAAACAAGGGCCUAACCUGAAUGUUAUGCAGAAAUGAAGAUUAAUCCUUAAUGUAAGUGUGUGAAUAAGAAUAAUAUUUUGACUUUUUAGCUUAGACAGGAAGUAGGAUUUAACAGAAAUAUACAACAAACUAAUUCUGGAACAGUUCUUCAAAUUAAAAUCAGGACUGGAGGAUAUGAGUUCAAACUCAUAUAAUGCAAAUUUAGGGCAGAUCUCAGGGGAAUCUCUGUCACACAAUGACAGAUCAACAGUUGUAGCAGUUUUCUCGGUGGAACUGUUAAGGCAAUAAUAACUGGAACAGUCUAAAAGAGCAUUGGCUGUUUUCAUGGGCAAAGUUUGCAGUACGGCAUCCCUGGAUGUAUCACCUAAAUGGCUUUGACCAAUCAUAUGGAUUUUUGAUCUCACAUCAAUGGGUCUUCGACAAUUUGCUGCUUUGCAAAUGUGAAAAUGGUUGCAUAUUUGUUACAACAAUGGUCAUAUUUGUAAUGUGUGAUUCAAUUAAAUUGACACUUGAA